AGCACACACAUCUGCCGGGAGCAAAAUCUACUUUUAUUUCUUCAUUUCCUGAAUUAAAAUGUCCUGGAAAUUAAUUUUCAUUCUAUGCAUUAGUCGCCCUCUGCUAGGCUGUGAUGUCAGGUGGUUUGGAUCUGAUUGCCAGGAUAACUGCCGCUGUAGUUACGAGUCCCAGUACAAGAGGGACUCGGUAGUGUCGCACUGUGAAGACGACAGGAAACUCGACGCGAGAGCUCUGAGCCGUUUUCCCCAAGAUGUCGUACGCAAUAAGAACGGAGAGCGCCUGAAUAUGAGCCAGACAAACUUCACCAAAAGCUUAAAUACGUGCCCGGUUAAGGAAAGCGUCGAGUUGAUGUGUUGUAGUAACAUCACUAAUCGCAGCACCGACAAUGGCACCACCAAGCCGGACCUCGCCUACACAUUUCAGGUCGACCAAUCGGGCAAGGUGAUCAGCGUCUGCUUUAUCCUCAUAAGAGAAAAGACCGACAAAGCCAAGUUAAUGCUGACCGUCACCGAGACCAACGAUAGAGAGCUGGACCUGGCCUUGACCUCUGACACCGAUGAGAUGAAGGUCUACAUACAGCCUGGAUACAUAAUUCAAUUUAGUAUUGGCAAAAUUAACCCUCCGUUUUGCAAAGUCACUGGGGUUACACUAGCCGGAAGUUUCGAGAAGUUCCGCGUCGGGAAGAAAGACGCCCAAGUUUUCACACUAAAAAUAUGUGAUUUAUCAGGAAAAUGUCUUGAUUGGAAUGAGAAUUUGAAAAUCAGAAUGACACUGAUAGUGUUCGUUUUUCAUUCAACCUUCAUGGCAUUUCUCUAUUUUCUGACUGCUUGGCGAAGAAGGAAUCAAUUGAUAGCAAACCUAGAGCAACUGAUGGUUGCUAUCCAACAGCAGGCUGCUCCUGCGGGUUAACCAAGGACAGCACCACAGCUACCACAUCGAUCAGCCUUUGUUGUUUUAAUCGCCAUGUCAACGUUGUAUGAGCUUUACUAACAUCACGUGGUUUUUUAUCUUUUCUAAAUUUCCCCACAUUUCAUCUGUAUGAUUUUAAUAGGUAUCUUAGAAUGUAACAAAAAAAGUAUACUAUUUAUAUAUUUUAUAUAUUUAGUAUACUACUAAGUAUACUAUUUUUCUCGCUCGCUUCCGUAAAAUUCACAUAUUUAUUUUCAGCUAAUUUUCCUAAACUCCCCCCCCCCCUCAAUCAUAUUCUUAAUGUAAUCAAAACACAACAUCCUAUUACAUUCCACUUGGAAAAAAAUCAUCUAUUUCGUCCUGCCUCAUAUAUGAAACAUCGAAGUGCUCUAGUUUUCGGGCGAAAAUAUUUAUAGUAUGGUUUUUUAAAAAAAAGGAACUUAGCUUAAUAAAAUAUUAUAAAAAUGUGAACAAGUAUUUUAAAAGAAAAAAAAAGAAUAUACAGGUAAUGAAACAAUCACAAGUGCUAAAUAAC